AUGAGUAGAGAACUUUUAUACAGCGCUGGUGUGUUUUUCUGUCCAAUCUCAUCUUUGCCAGAUUUGAUCGAAAAGGGAAAGAUCUCUUGCCUCGAGGAUAGUCUUUUCUUCGACAGCGAAAUUCAACCGGGAUGGAUUCAUUUUAACUCAGACAAGGUUACAAUUCUAUCAAGUAAUGAAAUGUUCGAGCCGAUUCUUCAAGUGCCUCAUCUCUUCCACCCUGAAGAAAACACCUUCAAAAUAAACUCGGACGUUGAUUUGGGGAAUUUGAUAGCGUUGUUUAAGAAACCGCUAAUCAUGUGCGUUACGAGGAGACAAGAAGACGAGGCCAUGAUCAAUGGCUUCGACACGGACUUCGUUAUCGUUUUCGACCCUUCGGAUUCCAAAGUUGCGCAAGAACUUUCAAGAGUAACCGAAUAUGUCGAAAAACAUCUUCGUAAAAGAAAGAAAUUUCACCUUACGAUAGAUUUAUCAGAGAAGCUUGACGAAAUAUCACCGUUGGAUUUCAAGAAACACGUUAUGUGGUUGAAUUGUUUUUUUCACGUCACAAAUUACCAUGCACCCAAUCCCGUUUUGACCCUGGACAUCUUCUAUCUUUGGUUCAUUCUUCUGCCAUGUUGUAUCGCCGUUGCAUUGCCUUACAGACUCUACAGAAAGCUGCGCUGUGUGGACAGGAAAAUAGACUUGAACAUUCAGUUCUUUUUGGAAGCGACAGAUUCCGUGCCUUUAGCUUUGUACUUCUUCUCUGGUUGCCCGCCCAACCCCGGUCGUUACCGAACUGAAAGCCACAAAUACCAUUUGCGAGCCUGCCCUGGGACAGAACUUAGAUCAUUGCUCUACUUAAUGAACUGCUAG